CACGCAUAGCUGUAACAGCAGCAGGAUUGUAGUGAAAGCGACUCAGAAAUUCCAGUUUUAAUUAAAAUAAUUUAAAACGUUUAGCAAUGUUGUGGCUUUAUAUCUUCAGUUUAGCUAUCAAAAUCGCAGUGACAGCAAAGAGCACCGGUAGCGAUCGUAACAGCAUCCCCAUGAACAGGCUCUACACCUCCACGACCGCCCGUAAUAUCCGCUCACAUCGCCCUGUCAAGUUGUCCAUAGAGCCAGAGCCAGUAAGGCCUAACUGGCGGUAUGAUACUGCAGCAACAUGGCCAGGCCGCCUCUGCCAGGAGGGAGUAGGAACGCGCCAAUCCCCCAUCAAUAUCAUAACAGAGUUGGUAAAGCCUGACUCGGGCAAAGACUUCAUCAAGUACGGCCCGCUACGGCUGCAUGGGUACCAGAGCGUGCUAGUGUCUGGAGUCAACAAUGGACGGACAAUCCAGUUCACAAUGGAUGGCGAUGAAGCCAUGCACCCAACAUUGACCGGAGGCCCGCUGCAGUACCUCUACAGACUCGAGCAGCUGCACUUCCACUGGCUAUCUGAGCACGCCGUCAACGGAUUCAAGUUUCCUAUGGAGAUCCACUUUGUCCACAUCCGGGCUGAUCUUUCUGCAAGUGAGGCCCUGCGGAAGCGAGAUGGCAUUGCCAUAAUCGCUGUAUUUGGAACUAUAAAGUCGGAGAUAGAAAACGACGACGCCCUCAUAGCGAGCGAGAUGAUGGAGGAGGUGGUACGAGAACUGCCGCUGCUGAACCGGCACGGGGACCGGCUCAGCGGGGUCGUGCUGAACAUGUCAAAGCUUCUAACGCCAAACCAGCAGUCUUACGUGACGUACUCCGGAUCUCUGACGUCACCAGAGUGUAACGAAGUUGUCACAUGGAUCAUACUGGACAACCCCGUCUUCAUGACUUACGGACAGUACAAAGAGUUCUUAUACCUGGCCAAGACCCGGUUCAACUUCCGUCCCCUCCAGGAAUCCAACAUCACGGUGUACCGACCGGCCGUGAAGGGACCAACACCAGUGGUCUUCGGCGUCAUCGCCAACAUGUACAAUUAUGUUGCUAGCUUCCUCAAAAGCAUUAAUAGGAUGAUGAAAAGCGAGCCAGUUAGAACGCAAUAUUAGCAAAUUCAUGUUAAAUAGAAGACAUAUACAUAGUAAAGUGACGCAACAUCGGAUUAAGUCUCAUACCAAUCCAAUAAUCAUGAAUAGUGAUACAAAACAAAAUGAAUUGCCGUUCGAUUUUAAAUCUUACCAGUAAAAGAUAGAAUAUUAAAUGCAAUAGCAUUUCAUUUUGAGUUGUACCACUGUUCAUGAUAAGCAACGAAUAUGUUUCAGUUGAAAAGGACAAAGUGCCGUAUUAGAAAUCCCACUUUAAAGUGUAAAAAAUUGUGUACCUAUUUAAUUCAGUGACCCCAGCUGAAUCCUCUGUUUCUGCUUACGGAUAU